AUGUGCCCGGGCGCCAAUGAAAACCAGGUCGUCGAGGCUGGCAAGAAUGACCAUCUAGUGCAGUCAUCUGAUCCUGAACACCCGGCAAACCUGAUCCCAGAUCUCUGCCGCAGAUUCUACAAUUGGGGAUGGGUCACUGGCACUGGUGGAGGUACAUCCAUCCGUCAUGGUGAUCAUAUCUUUAUUGCCCCGUCUGGAGUGCAGAAGGAGCUCAUAAAGUCCGAAAACAUCUUUGUCCUGCAGUGGCCCACCAAGAAGUACCCGGCCUCUGAGCGCAACUAUAUCCGCAAGCCUCUUAAGCUGAACCCCUCCGCCUGCACCCCGCUAUUCCUGACAGCUUUUGAACAUGGCGCCGGCUGCUGCAUUCACACUCACUCCCAAUGGGCAGUUUUGGUGACCUUGCUUGUCGAGCGGGAGAAGGGUCCUGAUGCUUGCUUCGAGAUCAGCAAUAUCGAGCAGAUCAAGGGUAUUCCUCUCGGCAAAGGAAAGGGUAUGCACAACUUCCACGACACCCUGCGUAUUCCCAUCAUCGAUAACACCGCCUUUGAGGAGGAUCUCACCGAGGGUUUGGAAGCGGCCAUGAACAAGUAUCCCGAUACCUAUGCUGUGCUUGUGCGGAGACACGGAAUUUAUGUUUGGGGUGACAAUGUCGCCAAAGCCAAGACGCAAUGUGAAAGCUUGGAUUACUUGUUCCAGCUGGCGGUGGAAAUGCACAAGCUAGGUCUUCCAUGGCUCAAGUAG